AUGGCCUAUGUACAGCAGGUGGUGACAUCCCACCUUCCGGCCCAAGUGAAUUACGCCUGCCACGAGCAUGAGCUGCACCUCGAAACUUCCCAUGAACUGUAUGCAAACGAUAAAACGGGUACAUUCCUGUGCUAUGUUUGUGCUGGUUACUGCGAUUAUGUGUACUACUGCUGCAGGAAGACCUCCUGCGAUCUCAUAAUGCAUGCCAAGUGUGCUCUCAACUUACCUCUCACCAUCAACCACGAGUGCCACCAACAUCCUCUAGGCCUGGCACCACGUUAUUCGGCUUCUCUGAGAGUCUAUGCGGACGAUGACUACUGGUGCGAUGUGUGCGAAAAGCAGAGAGAUCCACGUUUCUGGAUCUUCUACUGCGCAGAAAGCGAGUACCCCGCUCACUUCCAAUUUCCCCUUGAGAAUGUAGACUACGACUACGUAAUUGUAUCUCUUCCUGAUAGUUGA